AUGUGGGCCACGAGCCGGCCGCUCGUGGGCAAGCUCGGGGCCGCGUUCCCAUUGGUGGUGCCAUCGCGCCAAAGCGGACUGGGUAAAGACUGGCAUUUCCAGGAACCGGUGGGCAUAGAUUGUAGCGCCCCAGAACCGCGCUGCAUAUGGGUGGCUGUACUCCGCGGAGAGACCCCCACACACACCUCAAACACGACACACACACCUAACACAUCGCCGCCGACUCCCGAGAGACACCCAGACAGCUCCCACCAGAGGGCAAAAGGACGGAGAGAUGGGAUCUCAUCCUCCAGUGAGAACCCACGGCCUGUCGUGGGGGGCGGGGCAGACAGAAUGGGCAUGUCCUGGCAAGGCCCACGUACGCUGGUGCUCCACAAGAACUCCCAAGGCUUCGGCUUCACGCUGCGCCACUUCAUCGUCUACCCUCCGGAAUCCGCCCUGCACACCAGCCUUAAGGAUGAGGAGAACGGAAAUGGAAAAGGUCUCCAGCGGAGUCGUUUAGAGCCAAUGGACACCAUCUUCGUGAAGAAUGUGAGGGAGAAGGGUCCUGCCCAUCAAGCUGGCCUGUGUACAGGCGACCGACUGGUGAAGGUAAACGGAGAGAGCGUGUUAGGGAAGACAUACUCCCAGGUGAUCGCACUCAUUCAGAACAGUGAAAGUGUGUUGGAGCUUUCUAUAAUGCCAAAGGAUGAGGACGUGCUGCAGCUGGCUUACUCACAGGAUGCCUACCUAAGAGGGAACCAACCGUACUCCGGAGGGGCUCAGAAUAUUCCGGCACCUCCACCUCUCUGCUACCCGCCACGGUCCAAAUCCCAGCCUCCUGCAGGCCACGCCCCUAGCCAAGUCCGCUCGCCGACCCACAUGGGACAGAACCAACUGGACAACUGGAGCCACUGGCCCGGCUCGUCCUCCUCCGGCCCUUCCCCCCCACUUGACAACCGGACUGUCGCCGCCACCAACGCCAGCUGGGCGGCCGAGGAGCAUGGCUGUGACCCGGGGGGUGUAGGCCACAGUAGCCCUGCGCACCGCACGGAGGAGAUCCAGUACGGGAUGACUGAGAGGGCUCAGCAGCAGGCGAUGGGACAGACGCGAGGACGAUCUUACUCAUCAUCCUCUUCCUCGGGAGGGGUGCUUAGCAGUCCCAUGCACCACUACGUCAACCAUAACGUCGGUCAUGGUAACGUGGCCAACCGAAAAGGCAGCCCGCCAUGGGCCAGCCCACCCCAGCCGACACCCACCCCCCCAUCCAGCCGUAGUGAAAUUUGCCAACAGGCGCUCACCGAGUGGUACUAUAGUCAGGUGCCCGAACGAGAACGUGAACGAGAACGUGAACGAGAACGUGAACGGGAACGUUCGAGCAGACGCUCCAUGCAUCCGCGGCACCGCAGUUUCUCACAGGACCGACUCGGGGAACUGGUAAGGGGAAGGCACGCCCAACGAACGGGCGGCUGGCCCCACAGUGCCUCUCAAGACACGCUGCUGGUACUGCAACAGGCUGGGUCUGGACAAUACGCCGAGCCUUACUGGAGUCAGAGCAACUGGCAUGAUGAAUACACAUGCUAUGGGCCGCACCUGUCUGUGUCCGGCCAAGGCUACGGCCGCGCCCGGUCGGAGAGCCUGCUGGUCAGCCGCCACGAACGCUCCGGCCGUUCACUGGAGACUCUGGACCGGACAGGAGGGGUUCUCUCCCCCCACCUGGAGAGAUCAGCCUGGCUCCAGCAACAGGUUCCUUCCAGGACUGAGGUGUAUCAGAGGCAGGGCGGCCAUUUUGGCUCUGGCCACGCCCUGUCUGGAGGCCGACACACGCCGUCACACCACUUGCACCAACAACAACAAAAGCAUCAACAUGAACAGCAACAUGUAACACCACACCACACACCUCAGCACACACACCAACAGACCCCCCAACACCAACACCAACACGCUACACAGCCCCCUCAGUCACAACAAGCAGCCCCUCAGACGCGACGUCUGACGCAAGGGCAGAACGUGGAGGAUCAGACGAUGGGUUACCGUAGUUACAGCCCGUCUUUCUACAGGAAGACCGGUCGCAUUAUGCAGCAGGCCCACUCCUUUAGGGACCCUUCCUACACGGGGCCACACCUCAACUGGACCCCUACUCCCAAAACCAGCCCUCCUGAGGGGCUUCCUCCACCUGCUCCUUCCCCACAACCUGCUACAAAUGCCCCCCCUACCGCCGCCCCCACCGAGGGGCAGGACAGAGGGUACCGACCCACCAAUCACGAGAGAGUGGGGGCAGAGGAAGAGGCGGGAGCAGAACCCCCGUCCAAUCAGACACAGGAGGUGGUGCUCAGGCAGAAACCGCCCACUGGGCGACGGGCGGGCCACCUCCACAGACUGCCACACUACGGCCUCGACCCAGACGCCGGCGACAUCGCCCUGUUCGCCCCUGACCCCGCUGACUCACAAUCCCAAGGCGACGCCCCGCCCCCGGCCUCGGGCCCCGCCCCACAUCGCCGUGCCAACGGGAAUCUGCCGGCGCUGUCCGUGGAGGACGACUCUCUGGCGUCCAUCCCCUUCAUCGAUGAGCCGACCAGUCCGAGCGCAGACCUGCGGGCGCGUCAUGUCCCCGCCUCCUCCGUUGUGUCCAGUGGGGGGUUAAACUCCGCCCCUGCCGUGGUGACAAGCCCCGCCUCCCCAACCUUCACCUUCCCCCUCAGCCGCCUCUUCUCCCAUGACAGCAGUAAUCUGAAGUCCAAUCGUCGCUCCUCUUACCUGCUAGCUAUCACCACUGAGCGUUCAAAAUCAUGCGAUGAGGGGCUGAACACCUUCAGGGAUGAGGGGCGGGCCUUCUCGCGGUUGCCAAAAAGAGUCAAGAGCUUCUUCACUGAUGGGUCUUUGGAGAGUCUGGCGGCGGCAGAGGAGGCGCGGUCCAAACGCCAUUCGACCUCUGAACUGGGCAGUUUUAGCUACAGCGACGUCCGCCGAGAGGGCUGGCUCCACUACAAACAGAUCCACACCGAGAAGGGCAAGAAGGUGGGAAGCGCCAUAAGACCCUGGAGGCGUGUCUACUCUGUGCUGCGCUCCCAUUCACUGUUCCUUUACAAAGACAAGCGGGAGGCGGUCCUCAAGGGCGCCGUACUGGGAGGCGGGGCAGAAGACGAGCAGCCAAUCAGCAUCCGGGGCUGUUUGGUUGACAUAGCGUACAGCGAAACGAAACGAAAGCAUGCCCUGCGCCUGACCACACAGGACUUCUGUGAGUACCUGCUUCAGGCCGAGGACCGGGAGGACAUGCUGGACUGGAUCAAAGUCAUCAGAGACAACAGUAAAACUGACAACGAGGAGUUCAGCUUUUCACGACAGGCCCUCAUCAGUAAGAAACUGAAUGAUUACAGGAAGCAGAGUCCAACAGGGAACAAGCCAGAUUCAUCUCCCAGACUGCCACGCAUGAAACCGCCUUUCCUAUUGGCUAAAAACGACAACAGCGGUGGACCUCCACAUUCUCCCAAACCAGAUUCCAAAGAGGAGAGCAGCCCUCCAAAGUCUCCAUGGGGCAUAAACAUCAUGAAGAAGACAAAAAAGGCGGGGCCUAAAGCAUUUGGGGUGCGGCUAGAGGACUGCCAGCCUGCUGCCAAUAACAAGUUCAUACCUCUGAUUGUGGAGAUCUGCUGUGGUUUGGUGGAGGACAUGGGACUGGAGUAUACUGGUAUUUACAGAGUGCCUGGGAACAAUGCUGUGGUUUCCAGUCUACAGGACCAGCUCAACAAGGGCAGUGACAUUAACACGGCCGAGGAGAAGUGGCAGGACCUGAAUGUGGUCAGUAGUCUACUCAAGUCUUUCUUCCGGAAGCUGCCCGAGCCUCUGUUCACUGACGACAAAUACAAUGACUUCAUAGAGGCCAACCGUAUGGAGAACCCCAGUGACAGACUCAAGACCAUAAAGAAACUGAUCCAUGACCUUCCAGAUCAUUACUUCCACACACUGAAGUUUCUUAUUGGUCACCUGAAGACUGUAGCUGACCAUUCAGAGAAGAACAAGAUGGAGCCCCGUAACUUAGCCUUAGUGUUUGGACCCACUCUGGUUCGGACGUCUGAAGACAACAUGACAGACAUGGUCACACACAUGCCCGACCGCUACAAGAUUGUGGAGACACUUAUCCAACAUCAUGACUGGUUCUUUAGUGAAGAGAACGAUAAGGAUGAGAAGACACCAGUAGAUACAGAAGACCUGCAGCCUGCUCCCAACAUAGACCACCUGCUCUCCAACAUUGGACGGACGGGCCAGAUGGGCGAGGCCUCAGACUCAACCAACAGUGAUUCUGCAAAAUCCAAGGCGUCAUGGGGUUCAAAACGUGAUAUCUCUGCCAAGGAUUUCCUGACGCUCUCAAUUAUGUCGGCCGUGACGCGUAACCGUAGGAAACGGCCGCCGCAAGCCCGCUUAUUGGGUAGCAGUACUGACGACGACUCAGAGCACGAACCAAUGAAAACCGGCCUUCAAGGGGAGGAGAGGCAAGAGGUGGAGCUAGGCGGGGGAGAUACUGCUCCCCGUGCAGAGGGAGAGGAGGAUGAGGAUGAGGAGGAUGAAGAGGAGGAGGAAGAAGAGGAGGACGUUGUGUCAGAGAGGGAAAACGAGCAGAAAGAAGAAGAGGGAGUUACUAGCGAACCUUUGAUAGUGAAAGAAGUUGUUCCAGCGGAGAUACUGUUGAGUGAGGAAGAGGAGCAGAGCUCGGAGGUGAAAGGUCGCGGUUGGCAAGGGGAGGACGCACGCUCCAUCGUCUCUGGUUACUCCACCCUCUCCACACUGGGGCGCAGCCUGGCCUCAGAGGGGCGUGGCGAAGACGCCGACGACGAACGGAGCGAAUUAGUCAGCGAGACGGACAACGAAAGCGGCUUCGCCUCGCGUUCACUAACCCAGGAACGCCCUGAGAAAAAACACACACCACCACCUCCACCUCCGACCAACACAUCUCCAGGGCCUGCAGCUCCUCGUAGCUUUCUCUACACACACUACAAGUCCUCGACUCAAACUCCGGACACCAAACCUGGAGUAGCUCCUGUAUCGCCAGACCCUAACGCCGACCUCCCUACCCCUGAAUCUACGGACAGAGGGAGCGAGGGAGGAGCACGUUCCUCCACCCCAUCUUCCUCUUCCUUUUCAUCCUCCGCCUCCCAGCGCCUCCAUUCACGCCCCUCUUUCAACUCACGUCGCCUUAUCCAGUGCGACACUCUAGCUCGAAGACGGCUGAAAGGCGAAAAGACCAAACAGCGUUCGCUGGACCUCCUGGAACUCACCUCCAGUGCCCCCACCGCCAAAACCGCCACGGAGAACCAGAAGGAGUCUGGGGUGAGGCCAAGGUCAGGAUCAAAGGGGCACAGACUCCAAGACUUCUCUCCUUCUCCCUCCCCAUCCCCCUCUUCAAGAACCAAACCUCUAGAACUUUCAUCAAGCAGCAGUCAGGAAAACCUGCUACACCCCCACCAGCCCCCAGCAGGUCGAAAUCCCGACCACGCUGCCUCAUUCGCUCUUUCGGGGAGCUCGCUGGCGGAGCAGGUGUGCGCACGUCUUCUGGGGUCUGCAGACGACCUGCGGAGCGUGGGAAUGAGGAAACCCCUUUCGCCGGAAACUCGCCGGAAGAGACGAGCGUGGAGGAGACACACCGUGGUGGUUUCACCCACCGAUACCUCAGACAGGACGCCCUGCCUCACCGCGGUCACUGUAAACAACAAAAACAAUAACAAUAAUAACAAUAAACCGCCAACGCCACCUCCUAAACCUGUAGGGCUGCACCGCCCAGUCAUUGGGCAUGACUCCAGACAGUCCACACCCUUGGGCUCAGAGGCAAAAGCCCCGCCUGCAUGUUUGACUCCUCCUACCUCCCAUUUCCAACAAUAUUUGACAUCUGAUCUUUGA